GGUGUUUUCAUCUGCUAAUGUUUUUUUGGUUGCUCCAUAGGAGAUUUAUGGAAGGCUUUCAUCACUUGAAACUUGCUUUCGAAAGGAGGACAUUAGAGACUCGUAGGAGGAAGUGCUUGCAGGAUAACCACUGGCAAUGCCACUGUGGUAGACGUGGACUAAAAAACGCUGCACAUUUUUCAUACUCCAAUCACAGUCACAAAAUGCGAUUGACAUUCACUUCUCAUCUCAAUCUCAGAACACCAUGUAGAGAGGGCAAGUUGGAGGAGGCGCUGCGCAUUCUGCUUACUACACACAAUCCUCCCGAAGACCAUUCUACCUGUCUUCAGUUGUUGGAAACCUGUUGUUUCAAGAACUCGCUUUUACAAGGAAAAAAUGUCCACUCUUUCAUCUGCAUUUGCUACAUGCAAAACUUUUAAUAAUAAUCUUAUUUACAUGUAUGUAAAAUGCGGAAAUUUGGUUGAUGCUCGCAAAGUGUUUGACCAUAUGAAAGAACGAGACAGUUUCUCAUGGAAUACGAUUAUUGCAGCGUACAGAAGACGUGGGUAUCCUCAAGAGGCGGUCACACUGUUUCACCAUAUGCAACAAACAGUCGUCCGACCUGAUCGGUUUACAUUUGCCAGCGUACUUCCAGCCUGUGCCAAAAUGGGAGCUUUGGAACAGGGUAUGAGCAUCCAUAAAAUCAUAAAGGAUAGAAGAAUUUUGUCAGAGGUCGUAGUUGCAACUGCCCUGGUAGACAUGUAUGCAAAAUGUGGAAGCAUAGACAAGGCAGCUGAACUGUUUGAUACAAUGCUUCAAAGAAAUGUGGUCACAUGGAAUGCCAUGAUAGCAGGAUAUGCACAAAAUGGAUUUGUUGAAAAGGCUUUAGAAACUUUCAAGCAAAUGAAUCUGGCAGGUGUAAAGCCAGACUUGACAUCCUUUAUCAGCAUCCUCCCUGUAUGUGCCAAAAUGGGAGCUUUGGAACAGGGGAUGGACAUUCAUCAAAGCAUGAAAGAUGGAGGAAUUUUGUCAAAUAUUGUAGCUGCGACUGCCUUGGUAGACAUGUAUGCCAAAUGUGGAAGCAUAGACAAGGCACGUGAACUGUUCGACAGAAUGCCUCAAAAAGAUGUGUUUAUGUGGACUGCAAUGAUUGCAGGGUACACACAGAAUGGAUAUGCUGAAAAGGCUUUAGAAACUUUCAAGGAAAUGCAAUCGGCAGGCAUAAAGCCAAAUUCAACAACCUUUGCCAGCGUCCUCCCUGCCUGUGCCACAAUGGGAGCUUUAGAACAGGGUAUAGACAUCCAUCAAAGCAUAAUGGAAGGGGGAUUUUUGUCACAUAUUAUAGUUGGAAAUGCUCUGGUGGACAUGUAUGCCAAAUGUGGAAGCGUAGGCAAUGCACGUGAACUGUUUGACAGAAUGCUUGAAAGAGAUGUCAUCACAUGGACUGCAAUGAUAGCAGGAUACGCACAAAAUGGAUUUGUUGAAAAGGCUUUAGAAACUUUCAAGCAAAUGCAAUUGGCAGGCGUAAAGCCAAAUUCCGCAACGUUUGCUUGUGUUCUAUGCGCGUGCAGCCAUGCAGGUUUAGUGGAUGAGGGCUGUACAUACUUCAAUCACAUGAGUAACCCUUAUUGCAUUACACCUACAGUUGAUCAUUAUGCGUGCAUGGUUGACCUUCUUGGGCGUGCUGGCUAUCUUGAAGACACCCUAAACUUUAUCAUCAAGAUGCCAGUUAAACCUAUGGUGGUUGUGUGGAUAUGUUUUCUUGGUGCGUGUAGAUCACAUAUGAAUAUAGGCUUAGCAGUAUUCACAGCGACACUGCUUUUUGAUCUGGAUCCUAAAAAUGAUGCAACUUAUGUUCUUCUCUCGAACAUUUAUGCAGAGGCGGGCUGGUGGAAUGAGGUUCAAAUGGUGAGGAGAUUGAUGAGAGAUAGAGGAAUUAAAAAGAUCCCUGGAUGUAGUUGGACUUACUUGAAGGGGCCAGGAGGAAGAGUUGCAUGUGAAAAUGCAAAUUUGUCCCCCUCCAACUACCAUCAUAAAAUGCCAUUGCCAUCCACUACUCAUCUCAAUCUCACACCAUUAUGUAGAGACAGCCAGUUGAAGGAUGCACUGCACAUUCUGUUUACUACACACAACCCGCCUGAACACUACUCUACCUAUUUUCAAUUAUUGCAGACCUGUUUACUCGACAAUGCGCUUUCACAAGGGAAAAAAAUCCACUCUUUCAUCGCUCAAAGAAGAUUUGCAUUUGCUACAGGAAAAACUGUACAUAAUAAGCUUAUUUACAUGUAUGUCAAGUGCGGAAGUUUGGUGGAAGCCCGUAAAGUGUUUGAUCACAUGAAAGAACGAGACUGCUUCUCAUGGAACACGAUUAUUGCUGCUUACAGAAGACAUAGGUGUCCUCACGAGGCAGUCACACUGUUUCACCAUAUGCAACAAGCAGGUCUCCAACCGGAUCGGUUUACAUUCGCCAGUGUACUUCCAGCCUGUGCCAAAAUUGGAGCUCUGGAACAGGGUAUGGAUAUCCAUAGAAGUAUAAAGGAUAGAGGAAUUUUAUCAGAUGUUGUAGUUGCAACUGCCCUGGUAGACAUGUAUGCAAAAUGUGGAAGCAUAGACAAGGCACGUGAAGUGUUUGAUAGGAUAUCUCAAAAAAAUGUGGUUUCAUGGAAUGCCAUGAUUGCAGGAUAUGCACAAAAUGGAUUUUUCGAAAUGGCUUUAAAAGUUUUCAAGCAAAUGCAACUGGCAGGUGUAAAGCCAGAUUUGACAACCUUUGCCAGCAUCCUACCUGCCUGUGCCAAAUUGGGAGCUUUGGAACUGGGAAUGGACAUCCAUCAGAGCAUAAAGAAUAAGGGAAUUUUGUCAGAUAUUGUAGUUACGACUGCCCUGGUAGACAUGUAUGCAAAAUGUGGAAGCAUAGACAGGGCACGUGAACUGUUUGACACAAUGCCUCAAAAAGAUGCAUUCUUGUGGACUGCAAUGAUUGCAGCAUAUGAACAAAAUGGAUUGGUUGAAAAGGCAUUAGAAACUUUCAAGCAAAUGCAAUUGGCUGGUGUAAAGCCAGACUCCACAACCUUUGCUAGCAUCCUCCCUGCCUGUGCCAAAAUGGGAGCUUUGAAACAGGGUAUAGACAUUCAUCAGAGCAUUAAGGAUAGAGGAAUUUUGUCCGAUAUUGUAGUUGCAACUUCCCUGGUAGACAUGUAUGCAAAAUGUGGAAGCAUAGACAUGGCACGUGAACUAUUUGACGGAAUGCCUCAAAGAAAUGUGCACUCGUGGACUGCAAUGAUCGGAGGAUAUGCACAAAAUGGGUUUGUUGAAAAGGCUUUAGAAACAUUCAAGCAAAUGCAAUUGGCAGGUGUAAAGCCAAAUUCCGCAACCUUUGCCAGCGUCCUCCCUGCCUGUGCCAAAAUGGGAGCUUUAGAACAGGGUAUGGACAUUCAUCAAAGCAUAAUGGAAGGGGGAUUUUUUACAGAUAUUAUAGUUGGAAAUGCUCUGAUAGACAUGUAUGCAAAAUGUGGAAGCAUAGACAAAGCACAUGAGCUGUUUGACAGAAUGCCCCAAAGAGAUGUUAUCUCGUGGACUGCAAUGAUUGCAGGAUAUGCACAAAAUGGUUUUGUUGAAGAGGCUUUACAAACUUUCAUGCAAAUGCAAUCGGCAUGUGUAAAGCCAAAUUCCACAACCUUUGCUUGUGUUCUAUGUGCAUGCAGCUAUGCAGGUUUAGUGGAUGAGGGCUGUACAUACUUCAAUCACAUGAGUAAACCUUAUUGCAUUACACCUACAAUUGAUCAUUAUGUGUGUAUGGUUGACCUUCUUGGCCGUGCUGGUUAUCUUGAAGACACCCUAAACUUUAUCAUUAAGAUGCCAGUUAAACCUGUGGUGAUUGUGUGGAUAUGCUUUCUGGGUGCCUGUAGAUCACAUAUGAAUAUAGGUUUAGGAGUAUUUACAGCAACUCUACUUUUUGAUUUGGAUCCCAAAAAUGCUUCGGCAUAUGUUCUUCUAUCAAACAUCUAUGCAGAAGUGGGCAGGUGGUGCGAGGUUCAAAUGGUCAGAAGAUUGAUGGAAGAUAGAGGAAUCAAAAAGAUCCCUGGGUGUAGUUGGAUUGAACACCAAAAAAUGGUACAUGUUUUUUGUGUAGGAGACAGAUCACAUCCACAGGCACAGGAGAUCUAUGCAAAGUUGGAGAAACUGGCUUGGGAGAUGAAGAUGGUGGGGUAUUUUUCAGAUUCAAGACGUUUACUUAAUGAUGUGGAAGAUGAGGAAAGAGAAUUAUUUCUCUGUCACCAUAGUGAAAAGCUGGCAAUUGUGUUUGGUUUGUUAAACACACCCCCUGGAACAACAAUUAGAGUUGUUAAGAACCUUCGGGUAUGUACUGAUUGCCACACUGCAACGAAAUUUAUUUCAAAGAUUGUUGCAAGAGAAAUUGUUGUGAGGGAUGCAAACCGUUUCCAUCAUUUUAAACAGGGUGAAUGUUCUUGUGGAGAUUAUUGGUGAUGCUAAAUGAAAAAUAAUGUCAAACCAAGAUUUUAUUUUCGUCCUCUAGAAAGUUUUUUGUUUUCUUUGUUUUUAGAUUUGGCAAUUUAGAUCAUGUUGUUUGGCUUCAUAAAAUUAUAUGCGUAGAGAGCCAUGCAGACCACUGCUUAUAUACACUGUUGAGGUAUCUGUAAAAGCUCUAUGCUAUGGACUUUUCAUUGAAUAGUUUCCACAAAACCUGCAUAUGUAAGAAAUGAAAAGCUGGAGGAGGUGGAGAAAGGCUAGAAUUCUAGAAAACAAAGAUGAGGAACACUUAAAAUAAAUGAAAAAGUGCUUGAGCAAUAGGAAAUCAGAAAGUAGUGAUCACAGUUAUCGUUGCCAUUUUCUAUAGUUCUUUUGUUUGGACAAAUUGUAUUAUCUUUUACCUAUGUUAAGGUGAU